UCUGGAGGAUUCAAGGGAAGAAUUUGAUUUUUUCACGUAUUGAUGAUUUUUCUACUCGACUAAUUUCGAUGAAAUAUUGACUGCCGCAACCUGCCGCUUAAUUGUGCCUGAGUUGUUUUUCUAAACAAAAGAGUCUACUUGAGAUAUUAUAGAGAGACAUCGACUGCAAGAGCACAUCGUGAAUUCGAAGAGGAAAAAUCAUUUCUGAUUUCAUGUUGAUUCGGUGACAAUGGACUCCUUUGGUCCUGUUUAUACAUUGUUCCUCUCAGCAAUUGUCUUAGCUGGACAUUGCGCGCACGCGCGCAACUUCAAGUUCACAAGAGAGCGAAGAUCAGCUCCGUAUAAAGUUGAAGUCACCACAGGUGUGCAGGAAGGAGCGGGAACUGAUGCAAAUGUGUACUUAACUGUUUACGGUAGCAAUGGAGAGACUUUGGAAAAGAAGCUGAGCAAUACGUUUGAAAAUAACUUUGAAAAAGGAAAAGUCGACGAUUUUCAACUGAAUUUAAUGGACAUCGGUGAGAUAAAGAAGAUAAAAAUAAGGCACGAUAACUUUGGAUUUAUGCCAGCGUGGAACCUGAAAGGGGUCAAAAUCACUGCUCCUCAGGGACAGGUAUAUGUAUUCACAUGUGACUGUGAUUUGAAGCAAGGAGCUCUGUCAAAAGUAUUGCUUCCUUCUGGAGAGGGAUCGAGACAAGGUGCUGUGGUUGGUGGUUUUAAUGGAAUUUUUAAGGACUCUUCUCACUGCUGGCCGUUUAAUGAGGCUCAGGGCGACUCAUCUCCUGAUUUAGUAGGAAACUUUCCAGCUCAGCUGAAGGAUGAGGCUAGAAUAGUAGAUUCUGUGGCAAGGGGAAAGGUAGCCUCUACUCUUGAACAAAACAGUUGGAUUGAUCUGGGAAACUUUAAGGGAAGAUGCAUUAGUGACCCAUCUCUGUGUGCUAAUGGAGUAACCAUGAUUUUCUGGGCAAGAAUCGAACCAGCAGCCCUCCUAAACAAUCAACAGCUUCCGAAGUACGUAUUAUCCAGUGGGGGAUCAGAUCACAGAUCCCGAGGAUUUUCUUUUUUCCAUCAGAACAAUCAGUUUGUACUAAGAGUGUCAGCGGCUGAAAAGGAAUGGAGAAUUGAGAUACCACAAGGACAAAUACUGCUAAAUUCUUGGUUUUCAUUCGCAUUUACCUGGAAAAGAGAGGAGGGACUAAAGUAUUACAUCAACGGGAAAGAGGCUGGUAUAAAACAGAUGAGUGAAAGCUUUGGUCAGAUAAGAGGAGACGAAUUCAACGACUUUAGGAUAAGCAAACCCAACCAUAACAAUCUAGUGCAGGAGAUGUUACCUAUGAAGUUUGACCAGUUUGCUACUUGGAACAGAAUUUUGCCACCAGAGGAGAUUAACCAGGCCUUUAACCAGGGUGGUGGACUACCUGAAAAAGAAGGACAAGCCAACCCUCAAGCUUGUAAGCCGAACCCUUGCCAGAAUGGAGGAACGUGCAAGACCGAUGCUGACUCUCCUCAAGGCUAUCGCUGCAUUUGUACUCCACAAUACGCAGGAGUUAAGUGCGAAAUCAAGGAGGAUCAAAAGCCACCGACGAUUCAGGCAGGUACCACUACUGCAUCUAGCACUGGUACUGCUUCUAGCGGGACGUCUUCCACUGUACGCCCUACCAGUAGUACUUCUACCGUUGGAUCAUCUGGAGGAACCACCCGUAAGGCAGGCACCUCUGGAAAACCUACAAGCAGUUCUUCUACUGGUGGCGUUUCUCUCACCAAAUCAUCUGCGGGAAGCACUCGGAAAGCAGGCACCCAAAGAAAACCUACAAGCCCUUUUUCUACCAGUGGUACUGCUAGCACUGGAACAUCGGGGGGAACCACACGCAAAGCAGGCAGCACUGCCAAACCUACAAGCGGUACAUCUACCAGUGGCACUUCUACCACCGGAGCAUCAGGGAGAACUACCCGCAAAGCUGGCAGCACUGCAAAAUCUACAAGUGGUACGUCUUCCAGUGGUACUUCUAACACUGGAGCAACCACUACCGCAACACCCACCAUUUCAUCCGCUACCCCAACAGGUACCACAGGCCCAUCUGCUGGAAGUGGAUCUACAACAGGUAAACCAACUUCAUCUUCCACGUCUAAGGCUUCAUCUGGUGCCACAGGCACACCAUCUGGAACUGCACCGACUACAGACAUUACAACAGCCCGUCCAACAACAGCUCGUCCAACGACAGCUCCUGCAACAACAGCUCCUCCAACAACAGCUUCUCCGACUGGAACACAAAGUCCACCACCAGAUAUAGAGCAACUAGAAAAGGAUGUAGAGAAGCUUGUCAACGUCUUCCGAAAUCUCCACCAAGCCUCAGAUGUGUCUGAUACUCAGGAACUGAACCAACUAGCUCGCGAAUGGGCGGGAAAUCUCGCAGCUACUGGCGAAGAAAAGAUUGAUCCUGACUCGGAAUUUGGACAACUAGUGUGCAGUCAUCAUGCAGAAGGUGAUAUUGCUAAGGCAUGCGCGGUCAAGUGGUAUAGUGCCAUCAGGUUCUUUGACUGGGCGGAUCCUAAGCUGACUGUAAAGACGUCUCCAUUUACACAGCUAGUAUGGCAAAGUACCACGAGCAUUGGAGUUGGUAUCGCUAAAGCUAAGGAUAAUGUUAAGAGAGUGGAUGUCCCAGGCAAAUAUUUUAUCGCGGUGUUUUUAAGUCCUGCACAGAGUGAUGACAAGGUUAAAGAAAACGUUCUUCCUGCGGCUGGAAUCUCUACACCUUCACCAAAUGCUGCUUGUCCAGAGGGAUACUUUAAAAUACCCAUGGGCGUUACACGAUCAUGUUUCACUGUCCGUAACACACCAGUGACCUGGGAUGACGCUCUACUCGGUUGUGCCCUUGAUAACGGUACGCUGGCUUCACUUGAGAGCAGAGAGGAAGCUGACCUGAUUGUUAGCUUAAUUGCGAAAGCCAACCUAACGGAAGCUUGGAUCGGACUCCAUGAUCGUGCAACCGAGGGCCGUUACGUUUGGGUCUCAGGAUCUCAAAUUCCAUUCUCCGAGUGGCUACCAGGUGAGCCUGAUGGAGAGGAAGGACAGAGCUGUAUCGUGCAAGCCAAAGGGGAAUACGGAUCUGGAUGGGCCGACCGACAAUGUUCCGACAGAAAGGCUUUUGUCUGUGAGGUACCCGCGCCUGGUCAUACCUUUUACAAGUUCACGUUUAACCUGACAGAACCACAAAGCCAGUCGUCCCAGUACCCCUCGUAUUCUCAAUAUUCUCAGUCCUAUUAUCCCGGAUCAUAUUACCCAACCACGUGCGCGCCUGUCGUUCAGAAUGUGAAUGACAUUCUCAGGGAUACGAUCGCUCGUUACUUCCAAGCAAAGAACCUUUCAGUCCAGCCAAUUGUAAACACAAUCAGGUGCUUGCCAGAUGGCAAAUCAAUUGUUGAGGUUAUCUUGAGGCUUGGUCCAGAGGCAAGUCCUGAUGCGAUUGAUUCACUCAAGACCAGCAUUCAUGAGAAUGAUGGAGAACUGGAACUCCAAAAUGGAGCAUCUGCUAAACUUAUCAAUGUAACGGUUCUCCUGCCAGGCGCGUCACUUUGCCCAAACCAGUGCAUGAGCAGCACUUGUCAGCCAGGUUGUGACCCGACUUGCUGCGCCCAGGCUCCAGCUCCAGCAGCAGCAGCAGCAGUGGGAGUAGCAGCAGGAGCAGCAGCCGUACCGUAUCCAUCACCAGCGUCUUACCAACCUGAACCAGUCUACCCCCAAAAUAACCCGUGGCAGUGUCCAAUUGCCUGCACCAAUAAUGUCAACUACUGCCCACCUUACUGCUCGCCACGUUGUUGUAAUAAAAGACGAUCGCGAGUGAGGAUACACAAGUUUUAACCCCUUUAACUCCUUUUUCCGGUGUUAAACAUUAUUUUUAGCUUUUAAAGGUUUUAUUCUAAAAUAGCUCUUGACCCUACUGUGGCUUGUUAUGAAUGGUUUGAUGACUGAAUGAGGAUAUCUAGCGUAGUUGAGAUUGCUUUUUCUGCAAAAUACACCUAAAUAAAAAAGAUAAAGUAGAGCUGAGUUAGUUUCGAUAAUAGUAUUAAAUGUACAUUAGUCAGGAUUUAACGAUAAGGCAAGCAAAAUUGGUAGGGUCCUCCUUGGCACAGACAAGUAUUUAAUACGCUUUCCAGUUUAACGUGCCGAUUUAUAUAAUUUAAAGAGGACGAUAAAAACGAUGAAUUACGAAAACAGUAAUAGUUAUAAGAAGGAAUACGUUUUGAGACUCUAGCAUCAGCGAUUGAUGUCUGUUGGAUAUUUACACUUGUUUAUAAGGUUAAAAUAAAGAAGCUUGCGCUUAUAAAUUGUAUCUUGAUUUGUUAAAAAGAAUAGUCACAAGAUUGUAAAUACAGCACACUCGAAACCACACUAUGUGAACUGAAAACCGCAAACAUUUUCUUCGCAUCCGAUACUGAAAACCCGGAACUUCCUCUCAGAAGCAGUGUGUAUUUAAGCAAACAUAAAGUAUCUCUGAUAUUCCUUGAAGAUUUAUUAUGAAAUCAGUGACGGAUGGCUUGUACGUGGUUUAAUUAAAUACACUUUCCACUUUGUCUAAAGGAAAACGUUUGCUCUUCAACGUCUCGUUGUAAGAUUCCAGCUAACUUGCAAAGACCUGUGAAAAAUUUGGCAAAGAUAAAAGAUUUUCUGAGGGUUACUGAGAUUUUAGAAUCACUGAAGAGGCUCGUUUUUCUGGGGACCAAAUUUCAACUGCUUCAAAUUUCCAAUGCAUGGUGGUUUUCUCUGUGGAGAAAUAAACACAGUUAAGCUCUACAAUUCUUAUUUAAAACAAUCAUAUUUCGUGAUCGUACAAGUCGAAAACGCGUGGUUUAAUUUAUAUUUGCCACGUGGGUUAUUCAGAUUUAGUAAAAACCUGCCAUCAGGUUGAAUGACUUAUAGAAGCCAAUAUUACUAUUUUCCAUAAAUUACAAUUAUUUUCAGGCCCAGAGUUCCGGUUUCUACUCGUAGAUAAAACCGCGCCUUUCGUUGACUUUUCGUUUUGAAAAUCUUCCCUUGACAUCCCUUUGUUAUUCGAAUGAAUUCAUGCGAACUCUUUGUACUUUUGGAGCAGGUGUUUUGGACACGCAUGUUUCCCUUUCGUUCUAUUUCUUGUCGCCUUGUCGUCAUUUUUCGCAUCUCUCGUAUUCUUAGAGUUUAAAUCGCCUUGAACAGUUUCCAGCUCUGUCUUCAAACGUUCCAUACGAGAUCUAAGUUCAUCGACUUGCGUCUUGAAAUCCGAUUUCACAACUCUAAUUCUCGACUCUAGACUGGUUAACCUUUCCUGAAUCUGUGUGGUAGUGUUAAAACAUUUCAAUGGCCUUCCUUGACCCACAUCCCGUAUCUUUCUAGUGUCAUCUUUGCUUGAGUCCAUUCUUGUUUCGUUUACCAUUGCCAAGUAGAAAUUGAUACCAUUUACAAAUAUACAAAUAAGUCAGGGUAAAAUGUUGCCGUGGAGCGCUAUAGGAAAAAAUGCAAAUGA